AUGGAGACAGUUGACCUAUCUAAAUAUAAAGUCAAAAGAGCGGACAGAGUAGUUCCCUACAGAAGGUUGAAUACUUCCCUCAAGGAUUGUAAUCCGGAUCUGUUUAUCACGGCCUUCGCAGAACACAUGAAACUAAAGGGAUACCUCGAGUGCCCAAAAUGGCUGGAUUAUGCAAAGACUAGCGUCGCAAAGGAGCUAUCUCCACAGAAUCCAAACUGGUUCUACAUACGUGCGGCCGCCGUGCUCCGCCACCUCUAUUUUCACCCUGAUUCUGGGGUUGACAGAUUAAGAAAGGCCUACAGCUCAAGAAAGAGGAACGGGUCGGCCCCAAACCACACCUGCCGAGCUUCAGGCAAGAUUCUGAGGUCGAUCGUGCAGCAACUCGAGUCGAUAGGCUUCCUGGAACAGGACCUGAAGAAGAAGGGAAGAAGGUUGUCGAGGAAGGGAUGCAACACAGUCAACGCAUUCGCACGCCAACUGACGAAGGAAGUGGCGUCCAGAAGAUAA